CUUGACAAAUGCAUUACUUAGUGGGAAAGAAAAUAGGGUCAAAGGGUUAGAUUACACCUGAGAAGCAGUGCAAGAAUAGGAAUGGAAAACAAAAAUUCUUUCUGCUACAUAAGUGGGUUUGUGGCUUUGAAUACGGUGCUUCAGUUACUCAGCAAGAAAAGUGAUAAAUAAAUUGAUUUGAUUUAUUUAUUUAGAGAGGAUGGUCAAAAACAGAAAAUAAGAAGAGACAGAAAGCUGUCUGGGUUUAUUUUUUUAUGGUCACACUAUUUAUGAGAACCAGACUAAAUGACUUCAUAAUCCUCUUGUUUUAAGUUAUUCAAGGUAUAACCUGACCAAUCAGACGACUCAAUUAAAGUAGGUGGAGCCUAAGCACACUUUGAAGUAGUAGGGGUCUCCAAAUAAGAUAACUCCUGAUUAGUAAAAGUGAUCGCCUUAGAAACAUUAAGCAGCAGAUCGUCUGGAUUGCUGUGCAUGUUGGGUAGUUUUUCCUCUGACGUCACAUGUCAAUCAUCAUAAAAAUAUCGCCAGUAAGGGGCGGGUGCAAGGCGUCUACCUAGGAGAUCACAACAAGAAAAUAGGUACAGCAGUGGCUGCCUUAAUACUGCACAAUGCUGCCUACAAAACAAUGCAUUGUGGGAAAUGGUGUCCUGGCAGAUGCUAAUCAGAAAUGACUGGUGCUAAAUGAAGGAAAUUUGCGUAUUUUGUAACUUUUUCUGGAACAUACUGAAUCGCUGAUGUACAAAUACACAAGAUUUCAAAUCUUCUGUGGUUCUAUGUGUUUUUGUUGCCUUUAAAAGUUCAUUUUAAUUUCAAUUUCAUUAAUUUAUUCGGAACAGCGCACAAAAAAUGAAUCCAAAGGUUCUUUUUUUUUUUUUUAUCUGUGACAGAUGUUAAGAAUUACUGUAAAAGACAAAAGCAAAGAUAAUAUACUAAGGGGGAGAGCCAUGUUAAAAUUCUUGGCGUGGUACAUUAUAACAUCAACUUUUAUGCAGCCUUAGUUUCUUAAAGUUAUUAUCUUAAAUCAAUUUCUGAGGAGAUAUCGCCGAUGCAUGUGAAGUAACUUCGUUUCCCAAGAGGCAAUGCGCGAAUGUUCGCGUGUACGGCAAGCGACAAGGCAACGUCCGGCUCAUUUGCUUUAGGUUUUUUGAAACUUAUUAGCGCGACCAUGGUGCCGUUACAGGAAGGAAUGUGUCCUGGACUGGAUGGAGAUUUGCUGCGCAGCCUGCUCGCUGCUGACAUCAGAACAGUGGAGGACCUGGUCUCAUCUGACCUUGAAGAUGUUUCCCGGAAAUGUUCCGUUUCCUACAAGGCUCUGUUUUCCAUCCGCCGGGUGCUGCUGGCCCAACACACCGCCUUCCCGGUGUCUGGCGCUGAUCUGUACGAGGAACUGUUGAGCUCCACAGCCAUCAUCUCCACCGGAAAUCCCAGCUUAGAUAAACUGCUGGAUUCGGGCCUGUACACCGGGGAGAUAACGGAGCUGUCUGGAGGCCCUGGAAGUGGCAAAUCUCAGGUGUGUUUUGGCGUCGCCGUUCACGUUUCCCUCCAACUGAAACAGAGCGUGAUUUAUGUCGACACCACGGGGGGGCUGACGGCGAGCCGUCUGCUGGAGAUGCUCCAAUCUGAGACGAGCGACGGAGACGAGCAGAUGGAGGCUCUGCAGAGGAUUCACGUCUUCCGCCUGUUCGACGCGUACUCUCUGCGCGACUGUCUGUCCGCUCUUCGCCGUGGCGGCCUUCUGCAGGCGUCUGGCGGCGGCUCCGUCAAGGCCGUGAUCGUGGACUCUGUGUCAGCUGUUAUCUCUCCUCUGCUGGGAGGCAAACAAAAUGAAGGCAUGUCCUUGAUGAUCCAAGCUGCAGUAGCUCUUAAGACAAUGGCAAAGGACUUCAGUGUAGCUGUUCUGGUAACCAACCACGUGACGAGAGGCGGCGGCGGUGGCGUGCAGCCCGGCCUUGGCGCAUCAUGGAGCCACAUCCCCAGAACCAGGAUCCUGCUGGAGCGAGUGGACCGGGCUCCGAGCGGCUGCAGCUCCACUCUGCGCUCGGCGACGCUCAUCAAGUCCUCCAGACAGCCGUGUCACAUCAAAGAGGAAUUCGAUUUGCAGCGGCAGAGUCGCAGCGUACGGAGCUCCUCGGGGAAGAGGAAGCGGGAUGAAGCCGACUCCUGAUGACACAGACGAUAAUCCUCCGCACAAAUGUCACACUGAAGGGCGGCACCACGCGCCUCUUCCGGAUGCAUUCCCAGAUCCAGCUGGGCGACACCCUCUGAGCCCGGCUGUCCUCUUCGGGCGGGGCCAGCGUGUGCGUGGCGGAGGCGGCCUCGUAAUCCGCCACCAGGUCUCCGUC